AUGUUCCGACACACCGACCCUCGGACGAGGCAUAUUGAAGAUAAAGAUCUCGAUCUGCGGCUAGCAGCCUGCAUGGGGAGGAAGAAAUCGCUAGAUCCUAUGCUUGUGCACACAUUGCUUGCGAAAGAGGGGCAGAUUAAAGCAGCGCCUCUCACUUCCAAGAAUCUCAACAAACCCGCCAUGCCGUCCGAAGACCUAUCAGAAACUCCAUGCCCAUUUGAAUAG